UAGCAUCACCCAACAUUACCACCACUACCACGACAGCAAAGAUUCGACCCGGCAUCGUCUUCGAGGCGUCGGCGAUCCGCCACGCCUGUUCAAGCCACGCUCGUCGUGCAAACGAUCGCCGCCGCCGCUAAGAGCUCUCUCUCUCUUUUCCAUCCACCAUGGCGGAGCAAUCUUUCAUCAUGAUCAAGCCCGACGGCGUGCAGCGCGGGCUGAUUGCCGAGAUAAUCUCGAGGUUCGAGAAGAAAGGAUUUUAUCUGAGAGGAAUGAAGAUGAUGGACGUGGAGCAGUCGUUGGCGGAGCGGCAUUACGCGGAGCACGUGGGCAAGCCAUUCUUCCCCGCCCUCGUUGAGUAUAUCUGCUCUGGCCCGGUUGUGGCUAUGGUGUGGGAGGGGCCGAAUGUGGUCGCUUCAGGACGUAAGAUGAUCGGUGCCACCAAACCGCACGAGUCUGCCCCGGGCACCAUUCGCGGGGAUUACGCCUUGAUUAUGGGAAGGAAUCUUAUUCACGGAAGCGAUGGCGUUGACAGCGCGAAGAGGGAGAUCGCCCUCUGGUUCCCCGAGGGUCUGUCCCAGUGGCAGAGCUGCCAGAACCCAUGGAUCUACGAGUAAAUGUAUGCUCUCUCUCUUUCUCUCUCUGUGUCUCUCUACUGUUGUUAUCUUUUGGUAGGCUUUAUUCGUCGAAUGUUUGAUUUAUUGGGACUGUCUUUCUUUCGAGGGAUGACCAAGCCGGUUGCUUGAGCGUGCGAUCUCCCAUGAGGGAGGUCGUGUGUUCGAUUCUCGAGAUCGGAAUUGCGGACUUCGAUGAUGACGAAGUCUUUUCCUUGCGCGAGUGUGGAAGGUCAAUUGUGUGUGAGCCUACAGUAGAGGUCUCGUUGGCGGCGGGGGAUUUGGGUAAUCAGUUAUUUUCAAGUAUUUUGCAGGUACUAAGAGGAGUUGCGUUGUUGGACAGGUCCUCUCUUUGAGCGGGUGCGUCGCAAGGAUUGUAAUAGACAUUUUUCACCGGGCGAUGUGAGCGGAGAGAUUUCGUUGGUGGCGGCGGGUUUUGUUGGGGGAAAAUAUAUUUUUUGCCAAUUUCAAUUUACUGUUGUAAGUCGGUCUUCUGGCGCAUUUGCGCGUGGUUUGUAGUACUGGACUAACUGCUGUUCAGUGCGUCUCUGAGUUUGUUUAUCUUUUGUAUUGGGCAGACAGUGUUGUGACUUCAUCCUUUUUAAGGUCUGCUUUUUUUUGGGGGGGGGGGGGAGGGGGGGGGGGGGGGGGGCAAGAAUUGUUUUUUUAUUGUUGUGUCUGCACGAAGUGUUGUGUUCUUAACUUUUUAUUUUUUUUGUUUAAAUUUCUGUUUUUCUGGUAUGAAGUGCUUUUGCUUUUCUGCACGAGAUGUUUUUGUUAGUCUCGGAUUUCGUUCUCCUUUCUUUCGUUGUUCCUGGGGUGAGGUCGCGCUGCCCGUAUCCAAAAGGAUUGGAUUUACGCAUGAAUGUGGACGCCUUUGUGGAGAGGUGCAGAAAUAGUGGUUGAUCUGCUUUUCUGCAUCUCUGCGUGCAACGUGUCCAGAUUCAGGAGCUUAAUCUUUUUUCCGAGUGGGAUCUCGCUCCCGGUGUAUCGAUGUGUUCCCGGGGCGAGGUGUUGCUAGCGAAGUGAAUUGACUCUGGAUGUUUUUGUGGAGAGUAGGCAUCACGAUAGAUCUGCUUUUCGGUAUCUGUUAGUGAAACCGGACCAGAUGCAGGUGCGAAAUCUGAUCGUAGUGCGACAUUCCCCCGGUGUGUCUGUUUGCUCCGUGUCAAUUCGGUACGGUAAUGAAAAGGAUGAAUGAUGGAAUUUUUUGCGUGUGUCAGUUUGCAAACUUUGUUUUUCAAAUUUUAGGGACCAUUUCUCAUUUUUUGCGUGGUUCUGAUUUUGUGAGUUUUCCCGGAUGCACUGUCUAGGUGCGUAGCAUGCACUCGACUGUCUAUACCAAAGGUGUCCUGUUAGUGCUUUUUUCGGUAUCUGUUAGUGAAACCGGACAAGAUGCAGUCGCCGAAUUACUUAUCUUUGCCAAAGGUGUGUCCGUUAGUGCUUUUUUCGGUAUCUGUUAGUGAAACCGGUCCGCCGAAUUA